AUGGGCCUCUUCAACAGCUCCAUAUCCUUCAACGCCCAGAACGACAUACCGUCGCUCGAGGGCAAGGUCAUCCUCGUCACAGGUGGUAACAAUGGUCUGGGCAGACAAUCCGUCCUCGAAUAUGCUAGGCAUAGCCCCGCCCGGAUAUGGCUCACAUCGCGUAGCCUCGACAAGGGCAGGGCCGCAGCCGACGACAUCCGCAAGGAAAUGCCAGGCGCCCCCAUCGAGAUCUUGGAGCUUGACCUCGCGUCCUUCGACUCAAUCAAGAAGGCCGCGAGCACCGUCCGCGCCCAGUCAGACCGCCUCGACAUCCUCCUCCUCAACGCCGGCAUCAUGGCCAGCGCCCCGGCCCUCACCGAGGACGGGUACGAGCUCCAGUUCGGCACCAACUACGUGGGACACGCCCUGCUCACCAAGCUGCUGACCCCGCUCCUCGAGAGCACCGCGGCCCUCCCGGGGGCCGACGUGCGCAUCGUCUCUGUCUCCUCGGAUGGCCACGCGUUCGCGCCCAAGGGCGGCUUCUUUCCUGAGACCUGCAAGACCACCGCCGAGGAGAUGGGGCCCUUCGGCCGCUACGGCCAGAGCAAGAUGGCCGGCAUCCUCUGGGGCCGCGAGCUGGCUAGGCGAUACCCGCAGUUCACCGUGGCCUCGGUCCACCCGGGCGUCGUCAAGACGGGGCUGGGCACGAGUUGGACCGGCGCGCCGCGGGCCCUGUACUGGCUGCUGACUGCCGUUGCCACGUUUGCGGCCAAGACUCCGGAACAGGGCGCCAAGAAUCAGCUUUGGGCCUCGAUGGCCAAGGAUAUCAAGAGCGGCGAGUAUUACGAGCCGGUGGGCAUCCCGGACAAGGCGUCCGAGGACGCAAAGAACGAAGAGCUGGCGAAGAAAGUGUGGGACUGGACGGCGAAGGAGCUGGAAGGGUGUAACCCUUGA